CGCGCCCAUUGGCUGUUUGGCGGGACUACGCGGGCGGGGCUACGCGGAAAGGCCUGACCACGCAGUGAUUGGGUCCGUGCUGCUGGCCUGGGGCUGUGGUGGAGGACGGGUCUCCGCUCCUGUGCCCGGGAAGAUGGUGCUAGGUGGUUGCCCGGUUAGUUACUUACUUCUGUGCGGCCAGGCGGCUUUGCUGCUGGGGAAUUUACUUCUGCUGCAUUGUGUGUCUCGGAGCCACUCGCAAAAUGCGACCGCUGAGCCUGAGCUCACAUCCGCUGGCGCCGCCCAGCCGGAGGGCCCCGGGGGUGCUGCGAGCUGGGAAUAUGGCGACCCCCACUCUCCGGUCAUCCUCUGCUCUUACCUACCCGAUGAAUUUAUAGAAUGUGAAGACCCAGUGGAUCAUGUUGGAAAUGCAACUGCUUCCCAGGAACUUGGUUAUGGUUGUCUCAAGUUCGGCGGUCAGGCCUACAACGACGUGGAACACACUUCAGUCCAGUGCCAUGCCUUAGAUGGAAUUGAGUGUGCCAGUCCUAGGACCUUUCUACGAGAAAAUAAACCUUGUAUAAAGUAUACUGGACACUACUUCAUAACCACUUUACUCUACUCCUUCUUCCUGGGAUGUUUUGGUGUGGAUCGAUUCUGUUUGGGACACACUGGCACUGCAGUAGGGAAGCUGUUGACACUUGGAGGACUUGGGAUUUGGUGGUUUGUUGACCUUAUUUUGCUAAUUACUGGAGGGCUGAUGCCAAGUGAUGGCAGCAACUGGUGCACUGUUUACUAAAAAGAGCUGCCAUCAUGGCCCAGGGAGGCAAGUGAAAGCUCUGUCUUCUGAAUUCAUCUCUACAGGCUCAAAACUCCUCUUUGAUAUCAGACCUGAUGUUAUUUUCCCUCUUUUGGAGGGCAUUUGUUUGGUUAAGAAGGCUUCUUUGGACUUUGGAAUUUCAACCCAGAUUUUACCUUGCAUAUGGAAUGACAAGCAAAAAGUGUUGUGGGAAUCAAAUUUCUUUCUUUCCUUGUGCACAAAACAUAAAGGAUAGCGGCGAGUUUACAAGCUGUGGAUGGGUUUCCAUAGUCUUCCUUUCUGUACAUUGCUAUAUCUUCAGUCCUUCAGAGCAAGUGGACCUAACAAGUUGAGCAAAAUGAAUAUUUGUAUCCACGUUCCUCUUGUGACCCUGAGUCUUCAUGCAAGGAGAUCUGAAGCUAAACAAUGAAAAUCUUCAGCAGAAGUAGAAACGGCCGUGGAUUGUAAUACACACUGAAAUUCUGACUUUCUGAAUUUAAAUGCAGAAUAAAUUUUGCCAACUUGGAGUACUGUAUGUGUAUUUUCAGUAGGGGGAGUAAACUCAAAAUUACAUUUGUUUUGCAGAAA